CGGGAGCUCCCCCAUAAGCCGAACACAUUAAAUCCCGCUAAUCUACUUCUAGUAAAUCAAUCCGCCAUGAUAGGCAACAUCAUCUGUACAUACCGUGUACAUAGUAGUGUCGCUACUUCUAUACUAAAGUAAAUUUACUUACCUAGUAUCCCUGCGCCCCUCAUACAUCCUUCCCCUCUUACCAGAGUCUACCCGGAUGUUGGUAGUCACGAUGCUCUUUUUAACACACUUGGUAAUUGCUUCUCCGCAGCUCUCCUCAUCCUUCCUCAUCCAAUCGAGCUUGGGGGUAAGGCGUCCCCACUCAAACUUGGCAACAUUAUGGAGCGGCCGGAGUAGAUAAAAGGGAUGAUAUCGUGCCUUCUUUAUAGGUUCCCCCUUCCUUUCAUUCCGGAUGCUUUUGUAACCUGUUCGACUAGUAGGCAAAGUCGAAGCCACUUACCCAUCCUACCUACCUACUUAUCCGAGACAAUCCGGUUAAACUAGCGCCAGUCACUUUGUAUCUUGAUCCGUGAUCGAUAUGCCGGCUAACAAACAAAGGCCACCGUUCCGUGCCGAGCACCUGGGCAGUCUGCUUCGUCCAAAGGAGUUGGUCGAGAAGCGUGUACAGCUUGAUGAUAAGAAGGCAGUCGAUAUUGUUAAAGAUGCGGAGCUCCACGCCCUCGAAGACAAGGCUAUCAACAACAUCGUCAAGCUCCAGUUAGACCUUGGAUUCCAUGCCAUCAAUGAUGGCGAAUACCGUCGUCAUCAGUUCUGGGGAACCUUCUUCCCUAAUCUCGACGGAUUCGAGGAGAUCGUAAACCCAGAGUGGGACAUAUUCCGGAUGUACGUACCGGAUACUGCUGCAUUCACCGAGACGGGCCACAAGCCAGGUGAAACGAUCGUCUGCGUCGGCAAGAUUAAGCAUGCUGGGAGCGCCUAUCUAUCCGACUGGAACUACCUCAAGAAAAUAGUCCCUGCCGAUAGAGUAAAGGAGCUGAAGAUAACGCUGGCUGCUCCUGAAUGGUAUCAUCUCAGAUACAAGAAGGGAAGAGCAUAUCCUAAGGAGGUAUAUGCCAACGAUGCUGAGUACUUUGCUGAUAUCGCCAAAGCCUACCAAACAGAAUUGCAACUUCUAUAUGACAAUGGCUGCCGAAAUGUCACCAUUGACGACCCGAAUUUGGCCUACUUUUGUGAUGAGAAGAUGCUCGCUGGAUUCAAGGCAGAUGGCGAGGAUUCGGAUGCCCUUCUCGACUCAUAUAUCAAGCUUUACAAUGACUGCGUAUCGUCGCGACCGGCUGAUAUGCACUUGGGAAUUCACCUCUGCCGAGGGAAUUUCGCGAACAGCAGACAUUUCUCAGAGGGUGGGUAUGAUCGAAUCGCCACCAAGCUCUUCAACAACAUCGAUGCCGACACGUACUUCCUCGAGUACGACACAGAGCGGGCAGGAAAUUUCGAGCCACUGAAGGAAUUACCCUCUCACAAGAAUGUCGUCUUGGGUGUCAUCACUAGCAAGUUCCCCAAACUCGAGGAUAUUGAGGAGACGCGCAACAGAGUCUUCCAGGCUGCUGAUAUAGUUGCAAAAGGCGCUGGUCAGACGCGCGAGGAAGCUCUCAAGCGACUCGGCGUCAGUCCCCAAUGCGGAUUUGCUAGUCAUCAUCUUGGUAAUGCCGUAACGCACGAUGACAUGGUCGCAAAGCUAAAGUUAGUGAGGGAACUCGCAAACUCGAUCUGGCCUGGGGAGCCUUAGAUAAGACUUGCGAUAAUAUGUAUCAACGCUAAAAUCGCCAUCAACGUCGCCGUUAGGAACGAAAAGAGCUGGACGCUGCCUGAGUGUUUGUACGUCGCGUAAACGAGGAUUCCGAGAUAUGUAUUCAACAUGCAAGUUUGGGACGGGGAACAAAAAACUGACACUCAACGAUUGAGAAAUAAUUUGAACAUAGUAUUUCAGCUGGCGCGUACCUACUAAUUAUGCAUUUCGGCAGUUUUUCUUUUCUUUUCUGGUCGGCGAGUUCGCUUCCAUGACCGGUGGGACGUUCUACGACAUAAUGAUUACCUAGCCUACUAAAAGUGGUAAAGCAAGAUCUUAUCCUCCAGGUGAAUCAAUCGUGACGCUUGGCAUGAUCCGC